UCAUCGUGCUUCUGUGUCAGAGUCGCGGUGGAGGUAAAUGACGGUGGCCGGAGUAGCAUCAGAGAAGACGAAGAAGCUAUUCAAGCUUAGUCUCUCUCUCUUCCGUCGCGGCUUUAACUCCUCCAAAUGCAAAACGGCGGCGAAGAUGGCUGUAGCUCGAAUAAAGCUUCUAAGGCACAAGAGACAAGCUGUGGUGAAGCAAAUGAGACGUGACAUUGCUCUUCUUCUUCAGUCCGGUCAAGAUGCCACUGCUCGAAUCAGAGUAGAGCAUGUGAUUAGGGAACAGAACAUUCUUGCAGCAAACGAGAUCAUCGAGCUUUUCUGUGAACUCAUUGUUUCAAGACUCACUAUCAUCACCAAACAGAGGGAAUGCCCUGUGGAUCUUAAAGAAGGCAUUGCUAGUUUAAUCUUCGCUGCGCCUAGAUGCUCUGAGAUUCCAGAGCUUGGAGAUCUGAAAGACAUCUUUGAGAAGAAGUACGGAAGAGAUUUUGUUUCUGCUGCUACUGAGUUGCGUCCUACCUGUGGGGUUAACCGGAUGUUGAUUGUUAACCUUUCGGUUACGCGUCCCUAUGGAGAAUUCAAACUGAAAGUCAUGAAGGAGAUUGCAAAGGAGUUUCAGGUUGAUUGGGAUACUAAAGAGACAGAGCAAGAACUUCUCAAACCUCAAGAAGAAACCAUUGAUGGGCCUCGUGCGUUUGUUAGCGCCUCAAGCUUACCCGUUACACGUGCUUCUCAAGAACCCAUUGAUCCAGGUUCAACAAGACACUCCAGAGAUUCUGAAACAAGCUCCUAUUACACCGAACCUUAUACUGAAAACAGAGGAGGCUACAAGAGACACAGCUGCAACAAUCCGUGUGUAAAUGAAUCUGACCAAAAGGAAGAAGCAGAAGCGAAGGAAACAGUGAGGAGAAGUCACAGCUACAACAACUCUCCACCACUAACUCCUCCUGUAACUUCUGAGAUCAUGUUUGAUGAGUCAGACUAUGAGGAAGAGACAGAGCCAGAAGAAGGACCAUUACAGAGUCCUGCUUCUUCCCACCCGCCAAACCAAGCACCAACUCAGUCUUCUGAAUCUGAGUCGAGACGGGACUCAAGAACUCACCAAGUUCACUCAAAACUGCCUGACUAUGAUACGUUGGCUACACGUUUUGAAGCAAUCAGAGACAGUAAAGGGCCACUGAUCUGAAGCUGGAAACUUCAUUUAUUUCAUCCUAUAUAGAAGGAAAAUCACGUUUUGGAUUUUAUGAGUGUAUGAAGAAGAAAUAAGCUUUAUGUUUUGAACUAAAAAUCAUUGUCCAGAUUUAUGCUUUGUUCAUAAUCGUUUCUGUAAUAAAUUUAGCAUAAGGAAAGUUGAUAACGAGAGGAUAGUUCGUUUCAAGGUUUAUAAGAUGGACUAAGA